UCCGGGUUAAGAGUCAGUGUCCGGGCUCAAGAUGGCGGCGCCGAAUGAGUUGUUUUGUUGGGAAGGAGACUGGGGUUUACCGUCCGUCAGCACCGACUGUCUGGUGGUCCUGGCCUAUGCUCAGUUCGCAGGAGCUCCCCUCAAACUUAGGAAGAUGUCCAACCCCUGGCGGAGUCCCGGCGGUUCACUUCCUGCUCUGAGGACCAAUCAAAAAGAAAGUCUGUCCAGACCCUCUGACAUCAUCAUUCACCUGAGGAAACAGGUAAACACCUGCACAUCUGUCAGGGCUCGUUUCCACUGUGAUGACGACGUUAAUAAAAUUAAUUUAAGGAGCUUGGAGCUACAGAUAGACACUCCUGCUUAUUAUGGUUGGUUCCUCAGAGGAACAGAGUGGUGGAGAAAGAGUGUUAUCUAAAAGUCAUUGUAAGUU